GGUUUCUUCUUUGUUUGUAGUUCUAGGUAGAACCCUUAAAAUGAGUGAUAAAGGAUAGCAUUUAUAACACUCUCUUUUGCCCACUCUCUCCUUGGAGUGCUUUAGAAAUACAAUGUUGGAAAUACAAAUAGGUGAUGUGGCUGGAAGUCUUGUUUUUUGUUAUGUCACCUAAGUUGUUUAAAAAAUGUGCACAGUAGUUUUUAUAGCAAAGUCUCAGAAUGCGUAUAAAGGACACAUUCACUCUUAGAGGCGUUCUUUCAAAGAUUUUGAAUUUUUUUCUUAAUAAUUAUAUUAGUUUCUUCUUCACCAUUCAGUGAAGCUAUUCUGCCUAAUGCCACUCGUGCCUUUUGUUUUUGGUGCCUGUGUGUGUGCUAAACUAAUGCAUACAUUUUUUUUUUCUCUUUCAUCUACUUCUUUUAACUUUGAUUUUUUUUUUUCUUUUUGGAAAUUCUCAUGAGUGUCCUCAUGAGACAUGUCCUUCUAGCUCUUAGUUAUUUGCUCUUUCUUUUUUUAAGUAUUAUUUAUUUAUUUAUUUAUGUUUGCCUGCGUUGGGUCUUCGUUGCUGCACACGGGCUUUCUCUAGUUGUGGCGAGCAGGGGCUACUCUUCCUUGUGGUACAUGGGCUUCUCAGCAGUGGCUUGUCUUUGUUGUGGAGCACGGGCUCUAGGCACACGGGCUUCAGUAGUUGUGGCACGCAGGGGCUCAGUAGUUGUGGCUUGCAGGCUCUAGAGCACAGGCUCAGUAGUUGUGGCACACUGGCUUAGUUGCUCCGCAGCAUGUGGGAUCUUCCUGGACCAGGGCUCGAACCCAUGUCCCCUGCACUGGCAGGUGGAUUCUUAACCAAUGCGCCACCAGGGAAGUCCCUAGUUAUAACUUACCUACUUCCCCCUCCCAUCUCUUUUCAUUUUUGAAAUUUAAUUUGUUGUUUUUCCCUCCUCGAAUAUCUUCCAUCAUAUUCUUUGCUAAGCAAUGUUCUUUUCUUUGAGAUCCUUUAAUUCACCCUUUUUGAUGAUGGUAAUUUAUUCAUCUUUACAAUAUUUGUUGAAGGCAUAGUAUGUGGUUGAGACUGUGCUAAGGUGCUAGGGAUGUAGUGAUGGACACAAAAAGGCUCUCUGACAUACACCUUUUAAGGACAGAAAUAAUUAAGCUGUACAUAUAGUACAAGGUGAUAAGAGCUGUGGCUGAAUGAAAAGUUCUGAGUUGUUAAGAGACCUCUGGAAGCACAUAGAAGAGACUUCAACCAAGAUUGGAUUGAAGAAUUCCUGCAUGUCAAGUAGUCAGGCAAAGGGGACAUGUUGAAGGCAGAAGUUUUCCAGGGAGCCAUGGCCCGGGAGAGAGGGAGAGCGAGAGAUCGAGAGCGAGCGCGAGAGUGAGAGCAAGAAAGUGUGUGUUCAGGGCCCUUUAUUAGUAUUGAAACUGUUUCACUAUGUAUAUUUAUGUUACUUUCUGUGCAGCUACAAAAACUUUGGAGGUUUCUGUUUAUGUUUUACCUCUGCUCAAAAAUAGGACUUCUCUAUUCUACUUUCGUAAUAACUUCCCACAUGCCAUAAUUCAGCUGGUAGAUAAUCGGUGAUUUAUACCCGUUAUUGACUAAUUUUAGGUGCCUGGGGCAGAUAUGUAAAUGCAUUUCCAAGUUUGUGAGUGAGAAUUGAUAUGUGUGUUUCUCCUUUUAUGGGGAAGUCAGAAUGUGAUGAUUAUAGUGUUUUACUGGCAAACAUUCAAUUUCAGUUUACUUUCGGUAAAGAACGAGCUGGCUAUAUAUAUUACAUUAUGCAAUUGUGCUAGGCAAAGACUGCUUUAAUCCGGAACAAACCAUAACCUGGAUUUUAAAUCAGAGGUUUAUGACAUUAUGAAGAUAAAAUGGGCCUUAAUUAAUAAAUGGUCAGCUCAUUUUAUAGAUGAAGAAACUGAGACCUAGAGAGGUUAAUGAAAGAAAGAACUGUAAAUUAACUGUGAUGAGGAUUUGUGUGUGUGAUGUUUGUUUUUAUUCUGAUACUUUUGAGAAUCACUAUUCUACUUGUUUGCCAUUUCUUUUGUUUACACAACUUAUAUAAUCAUUUUUUCAUUAAUAAUCUAGCAGACAUAGUGUAUAGAUUACUUUUAAGUUGAAAAUUAAAGAACUAUUAAAGUAGGAGAUGUUUGAACCUCAGAUUUUUUUUUUUUAACUAGUGUGACCAAAACUAAAAGUUAAGGAAUUCUAGAGGAAGGAAGUAGAGAUUGUUUUGUAUUCAAAUGUCUUAUGGGAGAGCUUAAAUAAAUUGACUUAUUUUUGUCAUCUACUUCCUCUCUUGUAAAUGAAUAAAUUUCUAAGUGUUGCUCAUCUUUGCUAGGAAUUUUUUUUUUGUUUGAGGCAGAACAGUUUAACUUAAUAUCACUAUGUUUCUAUUUAAAAGGCAAUGUAAAUAUCAGUAUCCUUCUUUAACCAGUGAGGACCUUGAGGGGCUCUAAGAUUGGAUAAAAUCAUUUCUUUAAGGUCUCUCAGUUAAUAAGUAACAGCUGAUGUCAGAACAUAGUGACAUCAGUGCUCUGGUUCCACAUUCUUUCCAUCCCUCAGAAGGAGAGGAACAAGAGGAGGGAGUAAGAAGAGAAGGAAGAGGGUGUAGGAGGAAAAGGAAGAAGAGGAGGGGUGGAGAGAGGAGGAAGAAUGUUGCUUGUGUUUAUUAUUCACAAUGUUUAGCACAGUCAUACAUUAUUGCUUUGAAUCUUUAUAACAAUCUUCUGAAAUUGGUAUUUUACAUUUUUUUCCCCAAUAUACAGUUGAGGAAACUGAGUCUCAAAUAAGUUAUAUUCCUCGUUCAUAGUUACACGGCUAGUACUAGAGCUACUCCAAAGCCUGUCUUUCUACCACUGCACAAAACUGAUUCCCAUGCUGUCACUUAUUUCCCUGUAUUUUUUUUAAUGGACACUGCAAACGUCACUUUAAAUUUUAUUUUAUUUCUAUAAGAGAAGCAGAUUGGGAACAGUAACAAACAAACAAAACUCUGGCUCUGCACCAUGGUGUGUUGAACACUAUUUGGAGGGGGGAAGUGUAGAAACGUUUCUGGACUAAAGUGAAAGUUGGGAAUUAAAAGUUAACAUCAAAAUUGAAACAAAGCCACAUUUUGUGAAGUGCACACUAAUAGCAGUCCAUUCGAUCAAAGGAUGUGAUCUCACUUCACAGUAAAACAGGUCCUGCAAGCCCAGGUAACUCAGGAAGCAGAAUGGUAAUUAUUCACAGAAGAAAGCAGGUAGUAUACUGUUACAUUACUACAGGAGAAAGUCAGAAGGUCACAAAGCUUACAGGGUAACUGACACAACUGAAACUGCUUGGCCCCCUUUAAAAAGAAAUAAUAAAAUGGGAGAGAAUGAAGCAAAUUUACCUAACACAGCUUUGCAAGGUAAAAAGAUGGCCUAUCAGAAGGUCAAUGCAGAUCGAAGAGCUCCAGGACAUUCACAGUACCUAGACAAUGAUGACCUCCAAGCCACUGCCCUUGACUUAGAGUGGGACAUGGAAAAGGAACUGGAGGAGCCUGGUUUUGACCAGUUCCAGCUAGAUAGUGCUGAGAAUCAGAACCUGGAGAAUUCAGAGACUGCGGACCUCAGUCUUGAUCCCAUUCAACCAGCAACUUCACCCAAAGGAAGGUUUCAGCGACUUCAAGAAGAGUCUGACUAUGUGACCCAUUAUACAAGAUCUGCACCAAAGAGCAACCCCUGCAACUUUUGCCGCCUUUUAAAGCUAUUUUGCACAGCAAGCAUUUUAUUUAUUUCUGGAAUUUUGAUAGGCUAUUACACACAUAAAAACUGCUCUUCAAAUGCUACGUCUUCAGGAACACUUGAUCUUCAGUUACACCAAGAGAUUCUCAAGACAAUCCAAGCAGAAGAUAUUAGGAAGUCUUUCAGAAAUUUGGUACAACUGUACAAAAGUGAAAACGACAUAGAAAUUUCAAAGAAGAUUAAGACUCAGUGGACUUCUUUGGGCCUAGAAGACGUACAGUUUGUAAAUUACUCUGUGCUGCUGAACCUGCCAGGCCCUUCUCCCAGCUCAGUGACUCUAAGCAGCAGUGGCCAGUGCUUUCAUCCUAAUGGCCAGCCUUGCAGCGAAGAAGCCAGACAACAUGGCAGCCAAGAUCCGCUCUACUCAUAUGCAGCCUAUUCUGCCAGUGGAACUCUCAAGGCUGAAGUCAUUGAUGUGAGUUAUGGAAAUGCAGAUGAUUUAAAUAGGAUUAAAAAAAUGAAAAAUGUCACAAAUCAGAUUGCACUCCUGAAAUUAGGAAAACUGCCACUACUUUAUAAGCUUUCCUUAUUGGAAAAGGCUGGAUUUGGAGGUGUUCUUCUGUAUAUUGAUCCUUGUGAUUUACCAAAGACUGCAACUCUUAGCUAUGAUACCUUUAUGGUGUCACUGAAUCCAGGAGGAGACCCUUCUACACCUGGUUAUCCAAGUAUUGAUGGAAGCUUUAGACAAAACCGAUCAAACCUCACCUCUCUACUAGUGCAGCCCAUCUCAGCAUCUCUCGUUGCAAAACUCAUCUCUUCACCGAAAGAUAGAAUCACACACAGUGCCUGUAGCCCUCUAGAACUUCCAAAUAAUGAGGAAAGAAUUGUCAGCAUGCAAAUUCAGACAGUCACAAAAUUUGAAACAGUUACAAAUGUUGUUGGAUAUUUAAAGGGCUCGACAUCUCCAGACCGUUACAUCAUAGUUGGCAGCCAUCAUCAUACCGCAUACAGUUAUAAUGGACAAGAAUGGGCCAGCAGCACUGCCGUCAUCACAGCUUUUAUCCAGGCCUUGAUGUCAAGAGUCAAGAGAGGGUGGAGACCAGACCGCACUAUUGUUUUCUGUUCAUGGGGUGGAACAGCUUUUGGAAAUAUUGGCUCCUAUGAAUGGGGAGAGGAUUUCAAGACGGUUCUGCAGAAGAAUGUUGUGGCUUAUGUUAGUCUCCACAGUCCUGUAAGCGGUAACUCAAGUCUCUACUCUGUAGCUUCACCAUCUCUUCAGCAACUGGUAGCUGAGAAAAAUAAUUUCAACUGUUCCAGAAGAGGUCAGUGCCCAGAAACAAAUAUCAGUUCUGUACAGAUGCAAGAUGAUGCCAGUUACUUCAUCAACCAUCUUGGAGUUCCCACCGUGAGGUUUACUUAUGAGGACAUCAAAGCAUUAGAGGGUCCAAGUUUUCUCUCUGAAGGCUUUUUCCCUAAACGUGCAACAAAAAUUGAAGAAACGGAUCCUUUUUUCAAACUUCACGAGACCAUUACCAAGCUCUCAGGAGAAGUGAUUUUACAAAUUGCCAACGAACCAGUUCUGCCCUUUAAUGCUCUCGAUAUAGCUUUAGAAGUUCAAAACAGCCUUAAAGGUGAUCAACCCAACACAUCUCAACUGCUAGCCCUGGCCUCACGCCUGCGGGAGAGCGCUGAACUCUUUCAAUCAGAUGAGAUGCGUCCUGCUAAUGACCCCAAGGAAAGAGCGCCCAUCCGUGUGCGGAUGCUGAAUGAGAUUCUCCAAGACAUGGAGAAGAGCUUCCUGGUGCAGCGGGCACCUCCAGGGUUUUACAGAAAUAUCCUGUACCACCUUGAUGGGAAGACAAGCCAGUUUUCAAUACUCCUGGAGGCUUGGGAACACUGCAAGUCACUUGCAUCAAAUGAGACCCUUCAAGAAGCCCUGUCAGAAGUAUUGAACAGCAUUAAUGCAGCUCAGGUUUACUUCAAAGCAGGACUUGAUGUGUUUGAGAGUGUCUUAGUUGGAAAGAACUGAGAAAACUCUCAGCAUUUGAAAACGUUUGUUUACAAUUCCUCAAGUGAAAGCUCUAAUCUGACUAGAUUUUCUGACAUUGAAGACUUUUUCCCUCCAAUGGCUUUUGAUAUAAGUAUAAAGCUAUCCUUCCUUUGUAUUUUUUAAUGUAUGUGUAAAAAGAGCAUUUUGCACAUUUAAUAUUUUUUCUUAUAUCUAGAUUUCUGAUUAUGUAAAAGCAAGUUAUUGAAAUAAUACUUAAGAUUUAUCUAUUAAAAAGAAAUCUGCUGUAUCUAUAUCUAUAUAUAUCUGUAUAUCUAUAGAUAUAGAUAUAUCUAUAGAUAUAUAGAUAUAUAUAAAAUAUUUGGGGGGGAAAUUUUCCAAGAAGUUCUGGACAGUCUUCGCUCCUAUGGAUAAAACACGUAGAAACAGAAAUGAUUCCCUAUGUUAGAGCUUUAGUGACCUAGUUUCUGUAAUAGAAAUGAAGAGUUGAUAUGGUUUCAGAUUAACUUUCACUAUCAAGUAUUCAAUAUGAAGAACGAGUAUUCUGACUGAGUGAUUGGUUGACCAAAACCACUUUGAAUGUGACUAUUUUAUGAAGUGAAGUGCCUGUUAGUAACACAACUAGAUGUAGUAAUACACUGGUUAUGAAAUUGUAUUUUUUUAAGUAUUAAUGGAAAAAAAAAAAGAGCCAUAAACAUUCCAGGGGAAAAUCUCAAGGUAGCUGCACAGAGCAAUAUAAAUGUAAAUUUUUUUCCUAACAACUUAUAAGGUGACUAGCUUUGAAAUCCCUAAUAUGUCUCAGUUGAUUUCGGGAGUGAUGUAUGUCUUGUGAGGGAGAAAAUAUUUAUUUCUUCCUGUGCUGUUUCUGUUGGAAGCACUGAAAUAGAGCUACUCUAAAAUGAAAGCAUCUCACAUUGCUCUUCCUUCAUGUACUUUUCUGAAACUCCUUUCUGUAAGGCAGUUUUCACAGAAUACCAUAUAAUUUCCACAGGAAAGUAGCAAAGUUUCUCUUUGAAAACCCAAAAUAUCUUAAAAAGCAUCAAAUUGCUAUUUCUGCCACUAACAAAAAGGACUCCUUAUGAAAGAAAUAGUUAUUUUGAUCAACGAAAAGCUCCUUAAUUCUACAAAAAAUCUUUUGAUGUUUUUUCCCUUCUUUAUCCUUAAUUGUGACUAAGAUGACAACGUAGAAAAUAUUCAUGCUUCUACUUUUAGGCAGAAAAUACAGGGUUACUAUACUUCAGUUCUUCUCUCAUGUUGAAAAUGAAGCUUUUCAUACUGACAUUGUCAUUGAAUGGCCUUAGUACCCACUAUUCCCCGAAACCACAGAAUUCCAUUAGGUGUUUAAACUUUGAGCUUACCUUUAGAAAUUGAUUUGGUAUUUGACAAAGCAAUUCCCCUUAGGAAACAUAUCCUCAGAAUAUUUCAUGUGGAUUAUUUUUCUCUAACACAACAUUGAAACACACGUCCCCAUCAUACGCCUCCAGAGCAACUUCAUAGACAGUGUCUAUAGGUCUAAGUCUUCACUUUUUAAUGGAUGAACAUAAACCUAAUCUUAGUUUAAAGGGAAACUGAAGUUGAAAGGAGAGAAUUAAUCAGCAUUGAUUGAUUUAUAAAGGUCAGCUGUUCCUACUAUAAGUAAUGCUUAUACGCUCAAGGCAAAGAAGAGAAUUGAGGCAAAAGAAUUGAGGUAGAUAAUUCAAGCAGAAAUCCAUUUUCAUCUGAAUUGCCUGUGUGCACAUGUUUUACAUAAGAAAUGAAACUACCUUAUAAUAUAUAUUUCGUAAACAAUGCACUUGUGUGUCUGAAAGUAUUUGCCAUGUUGAGGAGUGUGUAUAGGAAAGGGCUAAAGAACCAAGAUCCCACAAGCCUCAAUGUCAGUGCCCUCUCUCGCUACACAGAAAACAGCAGAAAAGAGGUGCGAGAAAUACACAUAUAGUUGCAUGUCAGGUCAAAUAACAGAAUCCCUUAUACCAAAGGAUCAGAAAUAGUGAAUCAAGGUUCAAUGUAUUCAUUCUAGUUCUUCCUUUGGAGCUGAAUUUGAAACAAACAAAGACAAAUAAUUAUCAGUUAGGUAGUUUAUCAUUUUACAACAAAAUCCUAAGUAAAUUCACUCCCUUAGUUUCUAAUAGCAUUGAGAGCACAAAACACUUGUGUUUGUAUAUUUUUGUUUAAAGACUGUGUACUUAGUUAAACCACACUGCACAGAUCAAAAUCUCAAUAUUCUGUAUUUUUUACUUCUACAUUAUAUGGUAUUUGCUACUUGAAGACUGAAGUUAACUCUGGACUAACAUUUUUAUGAGUCUAGUUAAGAGAUGAUGUGAAGAAACUAAAUUAUAAUUAAAACAGAUGUCCAUCAAUUAUAUAAAUGCUGCUCUACAUCUUUGACUGCAACAAACCUCUUAACUAAGAACAUUACUGCUAUAGUCUGAUUACCUCAGGGUUCCUUUAAAUUUAUAUCAUUUAAAUUUUUCCCUAAUAGAUCCAAGUAAAUAAAAUCCUUUGCACAUUAAAAUAACAAGUGUUUUCAGUGAAUUGGUAGUAGGUUUAAAUUGUUGCUGAGAUAUCUGGGUGCCUGGUACUUCUCACAAUCCUUCAUACGUAGUAUUGUACCAGGACAUAAUGAAUCAUAAAUGAUUAUUCUCCCAAGAAAAUGUGGCAGAUGUGCACCACUGCAAUUUGGGUUCAGGCAGGGCACACGUGGGAUACAACCCUUUGUGAAAAAGUAUAGAUUCCAGAGUAAAAGGAAGCCUGAGACAUUCUGAUCUAAGCCCUAGAAUGUUACCUUCAGUCGGGAAAGCAUCAGCGUUCCCAUCAGAUACACUAAGUGCAUACAAAGUGAUUAAGGAACUGGGGUAGAGUCACAUAUUCAGUUAGUAGCAGAAGUGCUGCUAGAAUUUAAGCUUCUCUGCUUUCUCAUGCAGUAUAUAACGGGGUUAUAAAUGUUCUUUUCCAGUACACUCUAUAUAACCAGCCAUUCUAUCAGAUGAUGUAUGGGCUGGAAUCACUGCUCUUUAAAUGAAGAACUAGUUCAUUCUCUGACUAUACCUAACAAACGAAACUGUCCCAGGGAAUCCACGCAAAAGGCACAAAGCCUGGGUACUUGUGGGGAGGUGGAGAGUCUCUGCAUGACACCAGCAGUCUGGAAGGAGGGUAUUAAGUAAAAUGCUCUUAUGAGAGGACAUUUUAGCCCUAUAUUAAAUCAGCAGUUUAAAUCAGUAUUUCUGAUUUGGGGGAAGAAAGCCUAGGAAUCUUCGUCUUCAAGCAAAAUUUCCCAAACGAUCCUUAUGCAUACUGAAGUUUAAGGAUUUCUCAUCUACAUUAAUCCUGGGUCCUGAGAAAACAUCACUUGGCGAUGUACUAAAGAAACUGAAAAGUCACAAUAAUAAGAGACGCCUACGGCUUUGCUGUGAAUGGCACCAUUUUAAAAAGAGGGAGAGAGAGUAACCAUUGUAUCUCUCAAAAAAGACGCAGACGCAGCUAAAGUCUGUGCCUACUACAGGUCAGGAACUGUUUGAGAUUUAACCUAUUUGUUUUUUCUAAUGAAUCCUCAUGACAACUCAUUUAAAAAAAUGAGGAAACUUGGUGGAGUGGCUUGCCCAAAGUUGCACAGCUAUAAAGACUGGGUCCAGACCUGUGUUCUUCACGCUGUGUGCUGCAAAAAGUUAAGAAACUUUUGAUUAUAGAAAGUGAUAUGAUUGAAAUUUUUAAUGUAUUUCUGCACCACUGAUCAGACUAUGUCAUCUGCCACUUCACUGGCUUAAUGGAGGAGUUUGAAGAAACCUAUGCCAUCAUUCCUCAUUAUGGUAGCCCACCCCAACAAUGGUGGACAUAUGUAGGUAACUUAGAUCUAUAAGAGCAUUAAAUAUAAAUGCACCAUUGUAGAACACCAUGACAACUAGAUGAAAAAUUAUAACAGACCACAAGCUACAUCUCAUAAUUUCCUCCGCAAAAUGUCCAUAUAAUUUCACUGGGGGAAAAAAAAAAAAAGACCAGGUUCUGGGAUUUACAACCACAGUUUUAUAUCCUCCUUAAAACACAGAAUAACUAAUUGACUUCUUAUAUUACAUAAAUAUUCCAUAUAUAGUAGCUUUCCCCCUUGCAAAGAUAGGUGUUACAAAAAUAAAAUGAUGAUUCGUUACCAUCUGUCCAAUGAUGAAUUGGCAUCUUUGCCUCAAAUGAAAAACUAUUUUUGUAAUUAGUAGACCUAGCCAAAAAUGUUCUCAUGAGAUAUUGUGUUAUAUGUAAUUACUCCAAAAAUUAAGCUUUCUCUGUGGGUAGCACAUUGUCAUCUCAUUGGUUUAAAGGGCUAUUUAAAUGUGCCUUAAUUACACGUUCCUUCAAUAGAAAGGAAUUACAUUUUAAACUGCUAAUCCAUGUGUUGAGUGGAAGGGAAAUGGGUCUAUAUAUUCCAAAAGAUAGAUCAGCAACCUAAUGGUUCCAUCACAGGAGCAUGGAUGCAACCCAGGAGAAAAAAAUAGUGUGAUAUUUGAGCAAAGAAAUAUUCUACCUAGGUGCACUAGUGAAUCUGUAUUUCUUGCAUGAGUUUAAAUUGGUAGUUUAAAAAAGCCUCAAUAGAAUUGCUAUUCGGAAAGUUAACUUCUCAGAGUUUUAAGCACCCCAUUAAGUAUAAAUAUUUUUAAGUGUGUUAUUUUAUGCAAUUUAGAAUUUCAAGUGAUGUAAAUUUAAAGUGGAGUUGCAAAAGAAAGUUUUUAAAUGUCACCAAUUUUGGUCACCACAAUGUCCACUGAAUUUUCUGUCUUCCCUUUCUAAAUAUACUCUAGCAAUGGGAUUAGGAUUUUUUUUUUCUUUUUAAUCCCGAGAAAGUAAUUUUAAGAUCUAGUCUUCUCAAUAUACAUUUAUCUGUUAAUCAGCCAGAGUUUUAUUUCCAUAAUAACAUUCCAUUACCCUUCAAAGAUGUACACUGAAGUGCCUUUAGCAUUCCUGGGACCACCAAGAAUCUUGAGAGCUUGCUGAUUGUGAGAUGACAUAUUUCUUAAAGACAUUUAUAGUUUCAUACUCAGAUUGUAUCUGAAUUUACAAAGCAAAGGAUUAAAUUGAGGCACUUUCAGGUAGCAUUCAAGAGAAAGCUGCUUUCAAAUUUUAAUAUGUUCUGGUUAGCUUGUGUUUGAAUUAUAUAGUUAUAUAGUUUUCUAUAACCAAAACGGUAAUUUUGAUGUUUUUAGCCAAAAUACAAUCAUCGAGGCCAAAGAAAAGUAUGUCUACUCUAACUCCUUAAGCAGGAUCUGUCAAGAAUUAACUCAGUUAAUUGCAGUUAAUCCAGGGCCUACAUCUAGACAAAGAUUUAAGGAGUGUAGACAGAGUCUAACAGUAUUCCUUCUAAUUCCUUAAACCAAUACGCACUGAGGUAGCUUUUCUCAGAAGGAAGCAGAUUUUAUUUUCCAGUUGCUAAUUAAUAUGUACCACCUCAGUCCCAAAAGGACCACACAGGUGCCUGUACCAUGCCAUAUGUCAUGUGCUUUAUUCCAGCAAGCUCAAGAGAUUAAUAUACAAUCAUUAUUAUGAAUUAUUAUGUUGUAUUGAAGUUAACGUAGGUCUUUUUUGUUCUAAUUAAAGUACAAACUUGGCAUCUGAACAGAAGCUUAGCUAUAGAAGUAGAGUUAGAGUCUCUAUUUUAAUGAACUACAUCUAUUUUUCAAUCCAAAUGUGUAAUUAUUUAAUUAUCUGGCCUGCUCAGUAAGUUUAACUCUCCAAUUUCUUCAAAGAAUAUUUAUUCAAUAUAGUAAUGACACAGACGGACAUUCCUUGGAGUGUGCUUUAUCUUUUGAAAUUCUUAGCCGUUGUUGAAUCAUACUUUUAGUGUAUGUGAUAGUGUUUUAUUAAUAUUAAUAAUGAUUUGUCUACCUUUAUAUCAAGCUGCUGCAAAUGGACUGCCUUAUUCUGAAAGUCAGAAAAAAUGCUAUUGCUCUAUAAAGACAAGUUUAUCAUAUCUGUUUAACAAGAAAUAAAAUAUUUUAUUACACCAUUGCAACUAGUCUGCAGGAAACAAAAUGGCCAGAUGGUUAAUUGUAGCUCACAUAAUUCUAUUCCAAAGAUGUUAUAAAUAAUUUCAUUUAUUAAGCUGAGAUAGGUCUCUAUUAGGUGAUUUAGUAUUUACAUUUCACACAGGAAGGUUUAACGGCAACUAUAUCCCACAUAUUCAGACUGGCUACUUGGAGAAUAUGAAUACAAUUGUAUUCAGAAAAGAAAAGAGCUUUCUAGGACACUUUGAAGGGCUAAUUUGAUUUUACAGACAUCUAGAAAACUCAGCACAUCACUGAUAAUAGUUUCAGAUGUGUUUGGAAUGUUAAUAUAAACCAUGCAUUUUUUUAGCCAUGUCAGUAGUAUAGCAAUAUUUAGAUACAUGAAAUUUUAUAAUGAAUAAAAUUUCUCAGUUGUAUAAUAAAAAAUAUAGCCCUAAAAUAGAGAAUGGUGGUGAGCAGAUUUAUAAAUUAACUUGGGAUAAAAUCUGGAGCACAAUUUCUCUAAUUAAAUUUGCUUUGAUUAAAAAACAAAUCUCUUUCAAGGGGUGUCCCAAUUACUAAAUUGCACUGAACUGUUAUAGUGUUGAGUAUUGUUCAAAAUAGAUUAUCAUCUGUGAUUUGGAAAUAUUUUCAUUGUAAAGAAAUUUAUUGUCAGUGUCUUUGCUGUGAUUGAUUUUGAAUGACUGAUUUAGAGGCAUGUGUCUGUAGUUUCUUAAUUACUAUAUAGGGUUGAAUGCCUAAUUUCUAUAAUGUGUGGAUGCCCAUCAGGAAUCCAGUGCAUUCUAUAUUUAGAUCAAUUGUGAUUUCAAUUUAUUUUACAACUUUUUAUGUAUUAUUCACAUGAUUCAAUAUACAGCUUACUUAAAAAAGUAUGUUGUGAUUUGGAGUGACAAAAAAUGGAUUGGGACAUCACAUCCAUUAAGAAUAUGAGUGAAUAUUUUAUAGUUGCUUAAAUAUUUGCACAUAAUUGAAAACACAGUACUAUGAAAUGAAGGCAUCUUUUAAGGAAUAUUUUCUAAUUCAUAAAUGCAAUGUGUAUGUACAGCAAAAUGAUCAUAUUUAAAAUGCCCAUUAAAAAAAUAUUAAAUACAGUUGAAAAUCAUUGUUAACUGUUUUGUUAUAAACAUGCAAAAUGAAUUAGUUAUUAGUAUGUAUUAUUAAUGAAUUAUCUUUAUGUAUUGUGUAUUACACCCAAACAGAAAUAAGCCUUGCUCAGGGAACACUCUAAGAUUUUAUCACUUUUUCUUUUUUUUCCUUCCAUUCUUUUCUCAAACAUGCAGUCCUCAUAUUGGGCCAUUUAGGUUUGUGGUUUGUGCCAAGUUCUAACAUCAAGUAACAGCAUUUGUAUCAACUCCAGUGCUAAGGAGCUUUGUUUCUUCAAAUUUGCUCUAAAAAAUGUUGUCAGUUCUUUAUUGCACAAAGGCAUCUCUAUUGCAUGAUGUAGCAGAUUUCACUCAAUUAUUCAUUCAGCAAAUAUUUACAGAGAGCCUAUUCUAGGCCAGAUACUGUAUUAAGUGCUAGAGAUACAAAAAUGGUGAACACAGUUUUACCUUCUAGGACUGCACAGCCAAAUAAAAUAUAAACUUCAGUUUAACUAUUGGCAAUACUAGAUUCAGAGGGACUCACAGAUAGUGUAGUUUAUCACAAGGAUAAUGACAGAGCAGAGAUAGUUUAAAGGCACCAUGUGUUCAGGCUACAUACCUAACUCGCUGGGCCUUCCUUAAGGUUCAUUAAGACUAAAGCAGAAUGUUCUUAUCUCCAAUAUCGUUGCUGUAUGAUAACUAACAUUUAUUGGGGGCUUACCAUUGCACCAGGUAUACAUAUACACACACAUAAAAAUUUUGAAAAAAUAAUAUGUAUUAUGUAUAUGUAUAUUCUACAGAAUAACAUAUAUUAUUCUAACCGUGAAGUAAAAUUUAAAUAUACAAAAUUAUAUACAUAUCCAUGAAUAGCAUAUAUGUAUUCAAAGUAUAAAACUACAGACUGAAAAAGUAAAUAUCUAAUUUGAUUCAUGGUAGGAGGGAAACAAGUGCUAAGGAUAGGGGUACAGAGUACAAUUUAACAGUCAUUUCUUUUUUUACAGAAAAAGGAAUUGAAGCACAUACAAUAAAAUGGAGGAGUGCUAGAUAAGAUUUUCUUCUCAUUUCUUUAUAUCCCCCUCGUCAGUUUGGGUGGUGGAUAUAUAUGUGUUUGUUAUGGAAUUCUUACUAGUUUUCUGAAUAAAAAAUAAAAUUCUCAAAGUAACAAAUUCCUAAUAAGAUGGUCUGAUCCUGGAGCUCACACUUAUAACCACUACCCUCAUCUGCCUUUCUAAAGGACACAAUUUUUUAAACUCAGUUCCUUUCCUCUCUCCUCCUUCAAUUGUACUAAUCUUAUAAAGGCAGAGGCUUUCUUACAAGGAAUUCUCUGACAUCCUAAGUGCUCACAGAUAGAAUUUCAGCACAGUUAUAUUUCUUGUACAAUUUGCUCCUCUUCAAAAUUCUUCCUUGUGUUAGUAAAUACACUCGAUUCUCUAACUAAAAAUAGGAAUCUUCCUUGAUCCUUGAUUUUCCUCGCUUCCUACUUCCAAUCUAUCAGCAAGUUGUAUUGGCUUUGCUGUAAAAUAUAGCCCAAACUUGACAUUUCUCCAUCUCCACUGCCACCAUUCUACUCAAUGCCAACCUCUCCUCUUCCCUGCACUGCACUAAACAUAAUAAGUAUUUAAAGCAAAGGGGAUUUUAAAAAGGAAAAUGAUUACAAAAUUAUCGAAAGGGCUAACAAAAAUGUGAAGCUACCAUUUCUCAGAGAUCAGUAACUGCAGGAAACCACUACUGACCUGCACGCAGGAGCAGCAUAAAGGAGGAAACCUGUGAUGGCCCGGGAACCAACAUUCUACUCACACUCUUGGAAACUUUACUGCUGCUGCUGGUGGAACCACUGCUCACAGGGCUUAAAGAACCACCACAAGGUUGCUGAGUCUGGGAGUCUGCACUUCCUCUACCUCCCCUACUAGAAGCAGGAAAAAAAAUCUUCCACACUUCUUUGACUUUUACUCUCUUCUGAGUGCCUCUCCUUGGCAGAUCAAACUGGAAUCCAGCUGGCAUGAGAGGCUCUGAAAUGUGAGUUUCUGCUUCCAGCCCCAGCAUUAUAGGGGAGGAU